AAUUGUAUACAGAAAAUCAUGUGGAGAUGUUGCUUACACAGCAGAGGCAAAUGUUUGAUGAAAUAUAUAGAGAAGUCCUACAUAAACAAAAUCAAAAUGACAUAGGGAAUAAAGAGAAGAUAAGGGAAGCUGAAUUUAAUCGAUUAAUGAGAGAACAAUAUAAUCAAAAUCAAAAUGCUGCAUCCUCACCGCACACUCAGAGACCCACCACUUCAACUAGUGCAACUCGACCACAAGGGCAAGCCGAGUUUGAUCUAUUAAUGAGAGAACAAUAUAAUAAAAAUGUUGCAACCUCACAGCACACUCAGACGCCCACCACUUCAACGAGUGCAACUCGACCACAAGGGUCAACAGCGUCCUCUACAACUUAUAGUUUUAACCAAGGUGCACUUCAAAACCUUGGGGCCACUGUAAAACAAGUAAUUUCGCCGAAUACGAAGCCAGCUUCCUUGUACCCCGAUAUUGGUACUACCACCACGCCACUCACACCUUCACGGGAGACUCAGGAUCCAAUGCCAUCACGUGUGUUUGUCUCCAAUAACCAGGAGCCUGUCAGAUCGGCACCCCCUGUCCCUCCACAAUCACGGGCCAGAUCAGUUUCAAGGCAACGGACCAGUAAAAGUGAAGAGGAUAACGAUGUCAAAUGUCCGACAUGCAAAAAAACAUAUACUCUGCAAAUUUUUCAAUGCCCAAAAGGACACAGUUCAUGUAAAACUUGCAUGGAACAUGGCCACCCCUGUGCUAUAUGCUACAACAAAAUCACUAACAUGAGAAAUAUUACUCUAGAAGCAUUUAUCUCUGAGAAAAGUGUCAAAUGUCUUAACUCAAGUUUUGGCUGUUCUCUUUAUAUAAAACUGGCUGAUAUGAACAAUCAUCUUAAAGUGUGUCUCUUCCGAGAUAUGCCAUGUCCUCUUACCGCGCUAUUUGGACAGUGUUCAUGGAAAGGUAAAAUGUCCCAAAUGGCGUCGCAUUUCGAUGGCUUACACCUGAUGCAUCGCCAGGCUAACAUCGACACUGAAAUGCAUUUGCUGAACGUCCGCAACAGCCCUCAUAUGGUUCACUUCAUCGUUAUAGGAACUUUUAACUUUCUAUUUCACGUAAAGAAUCAAGAUAAUAAUCUAUGUAUGGCAGUACAAGCUCUGGGCACAGACAAUAGUGCCUCUAAAUGGACGUACGAAAUACAUGUAUACAAUAAAAGAGAGCCACGUAGAAAAUACGAGUGUACGGACAUAUGUCACUCCAUAAACAAACCCGUGAAUGAAAUAAUAUCCGAAUGGAAAUGUGCAGUGAUACCUUUAUGUCACAUUUCCACGUUCAUUAACGAAAACAAGCUGACAUACAAGUUAUAUAUAAGGAAAAAAAUUAACAACAACGAAUUUACUAAGAAUGCACAUUCUCGUGGCGCCAGACGUAGGACCUAGAUUUUUAUUUAUGAGAACUGGAACUUUAAAUGAAGGCUUCAAAUUCAUUUAAACGUAAUGAGAAAUGUAGCAUAAAUAUAAUAGUAGUUCAUAUAAAAUCAUUAUUUACACUUAAAAUAUUUUAUUAAAUCGUAAGAAAAAAAAUCUUAAACAGGAUAAUCCAUAUCAUAGGAUAAUCUUUUAUUAAUAAAAUAUAUGUGAUUGCUAACAUGCGUGUCAAUGUGCAGCGAGAAAUAUUUCAUAUUGUG